UUCGUGAAAAACAGUUAAAGCGAACGUUUAAAACAGCCGGGGUGCGCCAAUUAUAAAUCAUAUCAAAUAAUGUAUUUGUUGAGUGAACUGGAAAUAACCCUUCUUUAUUAAAAAAAAAAAUUAAUUAAUCUACGUUUUUGUGACUGAUAAAACUUUUCAGAUCAUAAUCGAUUCCGGUUUAAGUAAAAAUGAUUCGAAAGUGAUUAGCAACCAAUUUCCAUAAUAGCUCUAUUGUGAAUGAAUGCGUUGAGAACGAAAAGGCGAAGACGGCCGGGUAUUUUGUGAUCAUACAUAUGUCGUUAUUGUCCGUUUGUUAUUUGUUUAUGAAUGUUAAAAAUGAAAAAGUUUCCAGUUAAAAUUGAUCUUUCAACAUUUUUCGAGGACGAAAGAAAAUAUGUUAUAAUUCUUGUGGAUCCACAAUGGAAAAACGUGGAGUAUUUACAACGUCGAGUGGAAGAAAUAUUUGAUGUGCGGCCGGUCCGGUUUUUGACCAUAGAUAAUCUAUUUAUACCUCCACAGGAAUCUAUAGAAGUUGUAGAAUUUACGGAAUCUCUUAAAGCUUUUAUACCAAAACGAGCACUGGAAGAAUCUCGCCGACGCUCAAAGCAAUUGAAACCUGAAACUCAAGCAAUUGUUAAUAAUAUAGAAGAAUCGAUUGAGAAGAAUUUAGUUAAAAAGAGGAAGUACUAUACAUUGGGUAUGGAUAUUCAAGGAAGCUCUACUCCCAACCAGACGAAAAAAUCGAGACAUACUCCAAAAAUUGUAAAUCAGUCACCAGAAAAUAUAAUAAGAAAAGUUUCCAAUGAAUCACAAGAAAUCACAAGUACUAAUGAACAAUUAAGCUUAUUGAAAGGAUGUGAACAAGUCCAUCUCAAUCAAAGCGUCGAAAAAAAGUCCAUAUGCGAUGGUGCAAAAUCUUUACCCAGUUUGGUGGAAAAACAAAGUGUGACAACGAAUGAAUCAAAAGAGAAUUCAACUAGUAAACGUAAACGUAAAAGGACUCAUAAAGAAAGCUCCGCACUGUCCAUGGAUUUCGAGGAAGAAAAAACUGAAUUGACGUUGCGGCCGGAAGUACCUUCGUCUACAUUCCUUAACAAGUCUAAAUCAUCAAAUAAAUCAUCGCAUAUAUACUUUGAAGACUCAACUAUCAUGGAAUCUAAAAGCAAAAAUCAAGAAAAGAAAAGUAUUAGUAAGUCAAUGACUAAUGGGAAAGCAAAUACAACCAAAGUAUCAUUUAAAUGUAAACGAAGUGAUGCAGAAUUUGAGAAACCAGUUGUCUUUCCCUUAAAAUAUAUCAACAAAAAUAACAAACCUAUUAAAUCAAUCAUAGAUAUACAAGAAAAUAUACUUCUACAGCCAGCCAAUGUCGAUAUACUGUGUAAAGCGCCGGUUAUGAAUGAUACCGAAAAUCAGUUAGAAGAAAAUGUUUUGUCAACUACUUUUAAUACAACAGAGAAUAAGGAAAAUGAAACAAUUAAUGAAAUUACGAAUAUAACAGAAACUGCUGAUAACUUUGAACCCGAAAAUAAUGCCAACAUUAUCACAAAUGGUUUGGACCACAUCAAUUGCAAGUUGGUUAGAGACUCCGGUACAGAAAAAGAAAUACAAAAUAGCAAUACAGUAAAAGAAAUAGAAGAUAACAAUUUAAAAGAAAAUUCCAAUUGUGAGGGUAGCAUCAAUGAUGAGAAGGACACUAUUACGGACGUUAACUCAAAUGGCAAAGACAAGAAUGCUACAAACCAAUCACAAUCUGAGAUUUCGUACAAUGAAUGUAAUUUAAAUAAGGAGGUACAAGAGACUGUGUCCUCCAUUGACAAAAUAAAACAAACAAAUAUAACAAACUCCACAUCUACCAACAUGACAGAAAUGUCCGAUUAUUCACAGCUAAUGGACGAAAGCUCUGUCAUUGACUUGGAUGACGAUGAUGAAGUUGUAAUUGAUUUAAGUGAUGCUGAAGACCAACAAAAAUCCAUGGCAACAAGUCACGGAAGGUUGUCUAAAUCUUUAAAUAAAAGUAUAAGCACAAUGAGUAUCGAUGAAAUGCUUGACUUUUGUGUGCCACUGACCGGAGUACCUGAAUUAGGCGAUGUUAUCAUAUUUAAGUUUAAUCGUCGUAUUUCUGGUGCUAAAAUAGAGGAAUCACAAUUUAUAGCCUGUAGAUGCGAUCACAUUAAUAGACGCACAAAAGCUUUAAAGCUCGCUGUGAUAAAUGCUAGUCUAGAAAACGACGUCCUUCCUCAAAAGUAUAAGUAUAGUUUAGAUGAUACAUUUGAAAUACGAUUUAUGAAUAUAAAGUUUACGGAAAUGAUCGAUCCUAAAGUAUUGAAACUAAGCAGUUAGAUUAAAAAGAAAAUAUUAUGUUGUAAUAAAUUUAAAUGUUUUGAUUUUUUUCUUUAAUAAAUUUAUAAUAAAUAAGCAUUA